GAAACCAGGCAUUUUUGGUCGAAAGCUGCUCGGUGGAACCUCAAAGCUUGACACGAAAGCGGCCUAAUCAUCCGAGAGAUAUCAUUUUGACAGAUCAAGAUCAUCCCAUUAUCUACUGAGCAAGGGCGCCUUACCGACCAUUUGGUUUUUUUUUCCACAGCCAGCAACAGCAACAUAUAUCGUCCCCCUGUGCCUGAUUGUCACCUGCUCGACGUACGGUUCGGCGUUUUCGGGCUCACAUAAUCCUCAAAUAACGAGUUUUGUGGCCGCUGACAUACAGAACCUCGCAACGGGCUAGACCCCGGCGCCACAAGCGAACAAGAUUUACAUGUUUACUCGCAUCCAUGUACAUGAGACCACUCGUCGCCCGACCGUGUUAACCGCGGCGCGCGCAUCUACCACCAAAACUCAAAAACAGAACGAGUUAUGCAGCUUCUCUGCUGCAGAUCCUCUGGUAAAAGGUAAAGACGGUCGGUACGGUCGGUACGGUCCGUCAACCUUUGUCUUGGGCAAACAGGCGGCAACGGCCGACGUCUGUAAAUGGGUGACAUAGAGGUUAAAAGAUACGAUGAGUUGGCAGGUCUUGGUCAUCUCUCUCUGGGCUACGUAUUCGCUUAGAGCCCAGCUUUCCGGCUCCGCCUUUUACUCAUGUCCUGCGUUGGCCUCCCAGUGUUAAGUGUCUGAUUCUUGUCUUGUGCGAUCCAAUUAUGCUCUGCUUGUUUCAUCGAGCUUCUUGACAAUGGUUCAAUCUGUGAUAUUUGGCCUGCUGCUGGCCGCACUCCCGGUCCAGACCUUCAACGUGCUUCCUGGAUAUCAGAAACUGUCGUCAGUCCGGAAUGGAGCCCUCUCGGUCCUUGGAUCUCAUAAUCAGAAGAGACAGAACUUCCAAAAUGGCCCUUGUGCGGGCAACACGGCCACCACGAGGUCGACGUGGUGCAGCUACAACAUCGACUACGACUGGUAUGAUGUCGUUCCCACCACGGGCGUCACGAGGGAGUACUGGUUUGUCCUUUCCGACAACAGGACCAUAUCCCCGGACGGCGUUCCCAGAUACGCGCAGACCAUCAACGGCACCAUGCCCGGCCCGACGCUGUUUGCCAACUGGGGCGACAACGUCGUGGUGCACCUGACCAACAACCUCACCAGGAGCGUCAACGGCACCAGCCUGCACUUCCACGGGAUGCGGCAGUACUACACGGUCCAGAACGACGGCGUCGCCAGCAUCACGCAGUGUCCGAUCCCUCCAGGUUCUUCCAUGACUUACAAAUGGCGCGCCACCCAGUAUGGAACCAGCUGGUACCACAGCCACUUUGGGCUCCAGGCGUGGGCCGGCAUGUAUGGCGGCAUCGUCAUCAACGGUCCAGCGAGCGAAAAUUACGACCAUGACCUCGGGGCCCUUUUCCUCAGCGAUUGGUCCCACGAGACCCCGGAUGCUUUGUUCCACACUGCGCAAACGACGGGGCCUCCGAUUCUGUCCAACGGCCUGAUCAACGGUACCAAUGUCUACGGCGAGGAUGGCUCGGGAAACCAGACGGGUUCGCGCUUCACUCAGAGGGUGACGGCCGGGGAAUCCUACCGCUUUCGCCUCAUCAACAGCGCCAUCGACUCCCACUUCCGCUUCAGCAUUGACAACCACACCUUGACCGUCAUCGCAGCGGACCUGGUCCCUAUCGAGUCUUACACCACCAAAAUGGUAAGCAUCGGCAUAGGGCAGCGCUACGACGUGCUCGUCACGGCGGACCAGGGCAGCACGGCAGGAGCAGAGAGCUUUUGGAUGCGCGCCAUCCCGCAGGUGAACUGCACCAAGGCCCGAAGCCCAACCAACGUCAGAGGCAUCCUCCACUACGGCGAGAGGCCGUCCACGCCGAGGUCCACCGGCUACGCCUACACCGACUCGUGCCAAGACGAGGACGCGAAGCGGCUGGUCCCGGUGGUGCCCAAGGACGUGGACUCGCCGACGUGGACGCACUUUGACCUGGCGUCGUGGAACCGCACCUCGGACAACCUCCUGCGCUGGUACCUCAACGGCACGUCCAUGUCGGUGGACUGGAGCAACCCGACGCUGGCGCAGAUACACGACAACGCGACCGAGUACAAGAGGUCGCACGCCGUCGCCGAGCUCGACGAACCCGACUCAUGGGCCUACGUCGCCGUCGAGACCAACGCGUCCGCCUCGCACCCGGUGCACCUGCACGGCUUCGACUUUUACAUCCUGGCCCAGGGGUCCGGCCGCUACGACGCGCACGACCCCUCGGCCCUGAACCUGGUCAACCCGCCCCGGCGGGACACGGCCAUGCUGCCGGCCUGGGGCUACGUGGUGCUGGCCUUCAAGACGGACAACCCGGGCGCCUGGCUGAUGCAUUGCCACAUUGGCUGGCACACCAGCGAAGGGUUCGCCAUGCAGUUUGUGGUGCGCAAGAGGGACCUGCUGAGGAACAAGAUGAUCGACUAUGCCAGUCUCAACGGCACUUGUGCGGCCUGGAAGAGGCAUGUCGCGGCUGGCGGGAUCGUGCUGGCGGAUUCUGGUGUCUGAGUUUGCUUUGGAGUCAGGGGGUCCCUUUUGACACUGCCUGGUCAUCAUGUUUCUAAAGAAACCUGCUUGUGAGGUUUUCUAGGGGAGGUCCUUGCUAAUGUGGGCAGUCGAUUUGGAGUACCUGUACGACUUGAGUCCCCUGUGAAUUCAUCCUUGUCUGGCAGGUACAUGUCUGUUGGGCCCAUUCUAGCUCACGUUUUCACGGUAAUAUUUAUUGGCAGAAGCAGCUACAAAUACGUAUCUUCUGUAAUAAAGCUCUUUUGGUUGUUGGUCCCGAUUUUGGAUCUGCUGCUCAGGUCGCUUAUGCUUGAGUUCGGAGUAUAUGUGGACA